ACUUUUGAAUUCUCUGAAGAGUUCACAAACUCAGAAACUUGUGAAUACAAACUGGGUGACAACCCAGAAACCUGUGAAUGCCCUUGGGCGGUGCCGGACACUUCGGAAACUGUGAUUGGCCCCUGUGAAAAGGGGCAGGGACAGGAGACCACCAUAAAAGCCUUUGGCUGGGCACUCUACUGAAGUUGUCUCUUAGAGAUAGUCUUCAAGGGAACUACAUUGGAGACUGCAGUGUGCAUCCUGACUUCAUCUUAGACUCUGACUCCUGGACUACUUGGUUGGGUACCAGUGGUGAAACAGCAAUCAGUGAGACUCAGCUCAGAGCUGUGGCUGGCAGAGGCACAUCUUAAGACUUCCCUGACUGCUUCCUCCUCUUCCUCUUCCUCUUCCUCUUCUCCUUUCUCUUCCUCUCUCCUCUCUCCCUCUUUCUGGCCACCCCCCAGCCCCAGCUGAGCAGUCCAGAGCAUCAUGGCCAACAGGAGCCCCAGCAUCCAGAUUGGAGAUGAUGCACCAGGCUACGACCUGGACUGCUUUAGCAUCCCGAAGAAUUACGCGCAAGAUCUGGAAAAGGUGUUCAUCCCUCAUGGGCUCAUCAUGGACAGGAUUGAGCGGCUGGCCCGCGACGUGCUCCAGGACAUGGGAGGCCAGCACAUCGUGGCCCUCUGUGUCCUCAAGGGGGCCUAUAAGUUCUUUUCCGACUUGCUGAAUGCCAUGGAGACCCUGAACAGGAACUCAGACCAGGCCAGUCCCAUAACGGUGGACUUCAUCCGAGUGAGCAGCUACUGCAAUGACCAGUCAACGGGCAACGUGCGAGUGCUGGGGGGAGCUGACCUCUCCAGCCUCGCUGGGAAGAACGUCCUGAUUGUGGAAGACAUCGUGGACACGGGCAGAACCAUGCAGGCUCUGCUUCCCCUGGUGGAGCAGCAUGGCCCCAGGAUGGUGAGGGUGGCCAGCCUGCUGGUGAAAAGGACCCCUCGAAGUCUGGGCUAUACCCCGGACUUCUCUGGCUUUGAAAUUCCAGACAGAUACGUGGUGGGAUACGCCUUUGACUACAACGAUUACUUCAGGGACUUAAGCCAUGUCUGUACCCUCAGAGAGACUGCCAGAGACAAGUACGCCCUGGCUGUGCAGAAGCUCUGAAGGCCCCUGAGGAGACCCGUCCCAGAGACAUCCCCAGCCCACUUGGUCCCGGGUUUCGGCUCUGGGGAGCACAUGCUUAAUAAAUAAAGCUUUUUGCAUGUACAGUACUCGCUCGUCUUGUGCGUUUUUACCUGU